CUGAAAGCUCUCACAGAGGAGAGACAGGAAUGUGGAACGGAGCGACAACAUCGAUGGCUGAGCGCAGCCACACUCCCUCCACAAUGCGUUUGUUUUACACUGUGGCCGUCUGGGUGGCAUUUAUCCACUCCACCAACGGCAUUCCUUGGACACAAGAAAAGCUCCAUCACAGAGCCAUCACACUCACACAAGAUGAGAUCAGUACCGCCCUAUCUCACACUGAUCUGGAGCAGAUGUGGCAGAGGGACCUGAGGCCACUGCUGGUUAUCAGGUAUCCAGGAUCUGCAGGCAGCCAGGCUGUGCAGGACCACAUCAAAACAACCCUUGGUUCCCUUGGAGCAGGCUGGGAAGUGACAGAGGAUAAGUUUAUGUCACAAACACCCUAUGGCCCUCUGCCCUUCACCAACUUAAUUGCCACCCUCAACCCUUCAGCAAAGCGCCGCCUGGUUCUAGCGUGUCAUUACGACUCCAAGUACUACCCACCACAGUGGCAUGGAAGGGAGUUCCAAGGCGCCACUGAUUCUGCCGUUUCCUGUGCCAUGAUGUUGGAGCUGGCACGAGCCCUGGAUGAAGAACUGAAAGCCCAGAAGACCUCCAAUCCUGACUUGACCCUGCAGUUACUCUUCUUUGACGGAGAGGAGGCUCUUUUCCAGUGGACGCCCACAGACUCCCUGUACGGCUCUCGACACCUGGCCCAGAAGAUGGAGAUCACCCCACAUCCUGCAGGAGCCACGGACACCAACCAGCUGCACGGCAUAGAUCUGUUUGUGUUGUUGGACCUGAUCGGUGCCCCGAGCCCUCGCUUUGGCAACCAGUUCCCCAGCACGACACCUUGGCUUACCAGACUGCAGAGCAUUGAAAAACGUCUACAGUCAAUGAACCUGCUUGCGGAUCAUCCCAACAGUGUGGAGUAUUUCUGGCCUAACCAACCUGUGGGCAGCAUACAAGACGAUCACAUUCCGUUCCUGAGCAGAGGUGUUCGGAUCCUCCACCUCAUCCCCUCCCCGUUCCCGUCCGUGUGGCACACGUUUGAUGACAAUGAGCAGAACCUGGAUCGUGCCACCAUUGGAAACCUCAACAAGAUCCUGCAGGUUUUUGUUCUGGAGUACCUCAACGCCAGACCCACUGUUCCUUCAAACCCAUAAAAUGUUAUGUAAACCUCCCAAUGUACUCUUCGUCUUCUCUCACUUUACUGUAGUAAAAAUCCGCAGGUGUUACUUUUGGGACUGAAAAAACACACGUCAUUGACUCCUAUUUACAUAUCAACACACUCCUUGGUUUAAUGAUUAAGAUGAGAAACUCUGAGUCCCCACUCCAGAGAACAUUUUACACAGACAGUAUAUUUAGACAUACUUCUUGUCAUCUACAUGGACAAGUACACUUUUCUUUUCAAAGUUUACAUCUGAGUAAAGGUUUAUAUUUUGUCUUUUGUGAGUAAUAUGACAUUCAUUUUAUUUUCUAAUGGCUUCAGGAGAGAGGCUCAGACUUCUAACUUAAGUUUUCUCCCCAGCAACAAGAUCAGCACACAGGAUCUUCAGUGUAUUUUUCACUACACUGCUCUCUUUAUAUCAGCCUAAGGCCCUCAUUUACACAGUGAGGAGGCAUCUGAGUCUUUUUCUGCCUCAAAGAGGGAGAAAAAGAGCAGUGCAGAGUGAAAAAAUCAGUUCAAAUGAAGAUUUUCAUAGCAACAUUUUAUUAUAUGAAGGCAUUGCAAGUCCAAACUAGAUGAUGAUUUCGUUAUGAAUUGCUUUGGGAACAAAUUAAGCCUGAAAGCACUUGCUUCGAGUCAUAUAGUGAUAUCAAGGAAUCCCUGAUCUGUUGUGUUGUGUGAAAGAUAUAAUAUGGCCACCCACACAGAUAUUCCCAAACAUACUGGCGACGCACAUGAGAUGGUGCAGAGCAUUUCCUCUCCUACAGUAGAUCUAUUCGGUGUUUAGAGAACAAACGCGUCAGUGGCAGGAAGAGGGGGGUUCAUCUGUUCUAAAGCAAUAUCUUCAGCUCUUUAUAUCCUACCAUCUUACAUAGUGAAGUGGAUAACUUCCUGUGCUGAUGUUUCAUGUGCCCACCUUUGUUUAUUUGACAUUAUUGGCCUGAAUUUAAUGUAGAUGCUGGAAAUAAUAUACACUGCCAAAACUGGACGUCCUAUAUGCUGAGACCAAAAUAAAUGUUGAUUCAGAAAACAAA